CAUUGGUCCGGUGCUUGACCGCUUGUCACUGCAUUUGUUAAUUUGCGUGCCCAUCCUAAAGUCAUGGAUUAGGCCGUUGUCUGUUUGUUCACCAAAAUCGGUUCAAAUACAGCGCAGUUACGACAGUGAGUGGACUUUAUUGAGGUAUAGCAGGUACAUCGUCAUCAUAGAUUAGGAAGCCAGUCAAGAUCUCCACAUUCACCUUCAUUCGCAUAGAUAACCUGGUCCUCCAUAGCACACUGCAGAAUGGGAUCCAGACAGGGUGAUAUACCAGCACUGGAGUCUGGUGUAUCGGGGGGAUUCUUUGGGGGGUUCUCGUCCCCCAUUGGUAUGUCCAGACGAGCCUUUAGCUAUGACGAGGCCCUGGACGCUCCCAUGCACUCCCCUCCCCCUGACAUGUGUGUCAACAACCCAUGGAAGGACCCUCUCAUCCCACAGAGGAAGUUCAAGAGGAUUGUUGAGGAGGACGAGAGUUGCACUGGGAAGACACUGAACUUGUCUGCCAGUCAGUUUAACGUGGCAACAACAGCAGCACCGGUCAAGUCCCCUGUCCCCGUGGUCAAGGCCAAAGCCUCCUCGCUCAUGAACACACUCAUGAUCAAGCAGACCCAGGAGAGCCUCCAGAGGUUUGAGCUCCAGGCAGGGCUAACAGAAGCUGGCUACACCCCCCACAAGGGCCUCUCUGCAGAGGACACACGAUUCCACCGCCUGGCUGAGGGGCAGAUGCCUAAGCUGAGAAUGCCAAGCGGGGACUUCAAGGAGGACAGGCUUUCGACAUCAGCUCAAUCCACACCUUGUGGCACCCCUUCCGGGACCCCCUCCGUUACCCCCAGCGUCAGUCCCCACGCCUCACCGAUACUCAACCGCAGGAACUGGUUCAACAGCCAGAGUCUUGCACCAUUUCUCGCUUCCACAGAACUCAGUAGUCCUAACCUCAGCCCUGAAAUGGGAGGCAACGAGGGAGGAGGUGGAGCGGGAGGGGAGAGGUGGAGCUUAUUUGGAACUUCUCGCCCGGUAGUACAGAAGUCCACUACUGACCCCGGUUCAGAAACCAACACAGGCUUCACACUACAGUCGUACUUUGGCGUGCCAAAGUCCAACACCAUGGAAGGCAUUAAGACCCAGGUCAACCUCAUGGUGGAUGACCCCGCCAAGUUCAACCCCCCCAAGAUCGAGAUCAGCGGCAUCGAGGGCAAGAGACCCCCCCAGACUCGCCCACACAAACUCAAACCCCGGGACAUGAACGUCCUGACGCCGUCAGGAUUCUGAUACCCCCAGGAGGCCCUUCUCCUGAAUUCUACCGACCCUCGCCCCCCGUCGCCCCCUGUCGGCCAGUAGCUGGUCUACUACCCUCCUCUGUCUUCUCGGCCUCUAUGGAAGCCCUGAGAUGUAGAAAAUGGAGAAGCUACAGAACUAUCCCCCUAUUCCCUAAACCUUACUGUUCUACCUGACCCUAUUCCUGCUGAUGGUGAACCUACUAUAGACAUCUCCCUCUUUAGUGCCAAACCUCCUUGGUCCAAUUAAAGCACCAAACUGAGUAUUUCCAACCACCUCGCCUCAAGAGGGGCACUUCUUCAGUUUCUGGGUGCUUUGGCAUAUGGUGCCCGGUUGCCAUUGUCGUCUGCGAUGUCAUGAGGUUGAAAUGGUGGUUUUGAUGUCUCAUGAGUCACUGAACCAGUACCUGGGCUUGAGGAGACUGUGAUGUCUCAUGAGUCACUGAACCAGUACCUGGGCUUGAGGAGACCCUGAAUAUGACGAGAUCUUCUCUGACGCUCAGGAUCCUUCAAGUCAAAGUCCCAUUAACCGGCUCUGCAAAUGUUAUGUCAAAAUACAUUCUGUACUCACCACAAUUUGGCGUUUCGCAGAGCAACUAUCGUCGUUACUGCCGUUACGCAUGGCGUUUACCUCCUAAAAAUGUGUUUUGGGAUACUGUACUGCUGCUGGAUCAGCCGACCUGUGUGUGGCAGUAAUGAGUCAUUGGAUUUGGCGCAUGCGCAUUUGGUCAAAGAUAGUUGCUCUGUGAAACGUGAUAUUGUGGUGAGUACUGAAUGUAUUUUGACAUAACAUUUGCAGAGCCAGUUAAUGGGACUUUGAAUUGAAGGAUCCCGGGCGUCAGAGGAGAUGUUGUCAUAUUGUCUCCUUAAGCCCAGGUACUGGUUCAAUCAGUUCCCUGCUCUGACUGACAAAAACCGCCAUGGUUCAUUAUAUUGAACUCCCUCUCGCUAAAAGCACUACAGCCCCCAGCCAAUGCAAUUUCACUCAACUAGACUCCAUCACCUCUGACAGUCUUAUGCUUUUGUAGUUUGAUAGUUUUGUAUAGUUCUUUUGGGGGGGGAGCAGUGAGUGUGGUAUUACUGAUGUUGUGCCUAAGCUUGCUUCUGACGUCUGCCAUAUCAGUUGACUUUUUAUUUGACAGUCUUAGUACUAUUACUUAAGUUAGUUAUUGGAUGAGAGCGUGGCUACUGCUAACCUGGAAUUUAAAAAAUAAAUAAUAAAAAUCCAGAUAUUAUGUUAUUGCUAUUAAAUGGUGUGUUAUGAUAUUUCCAUAUACAAGUCUGUAAUGCUUUAAGAAUAUAUUGAUAUGAAGGCCUAUGCAUUGAAUUAGUCAUUUGAAAUGUGUUUUUUAUAUUAACUAUUACUUUAGAAUCAAUGCUGUUUUUGCAAGAUGUUUAUGAAUUCCAAUAGUUCGUUGCACAAGGGAUAGCUUUUCCCACUGAAUUCAGCUGUAAAUAAACUCAACACAAACGAAAUGAC